CCUCCACACACCCCGAAAAGGGCUUAAAACCAACCAGUGGUCCCGCCCGUGUUUAUUGGUGACAGAGCAGGAGACACAACACACAGCCUAUUCUAGUGUCCUGCGCAGAAAGGAUGAGGUGUCUCCUGCCCCUGUGGCUGGGAGCCAGUCUGCCUGGUCUACUGUGGGCCGCAGCAGUCCUUUUGGUGGAAGGGGACAGCGACCCUUCCAGAAUCUGCAAGCCUGCCCCCCAUUGGGAGGUGGGAGGAAUAGCACCCAUGCCAGAGCUGCUGGGAAAUGUAGUUGUUGUGGCGCUGCUGAAGGCCAGCUGACAGUUCUGUCUCACACAGGCGUCCAAGAUUGGACACCUGCGUGAAAAGCUGAGCCGCAGCAACCUGACCGACGUGGCGUUCAUGAUCGUGAACGAGCGCGAGUUCCAGUCCCGGGCCAUGUACUGGGAGCUGAAGAGGAGGGCCCCCCCUAACGUCCCCGUCUACCAGCAGGGCCCUUUACAGGACGACGUCUGGGAGAUCCUCGACGGAGACAAAGACGACUUCCUUGUGUAUGACAGGUGUGGUCUCUUGACCUUCCACAUUGUGCUACCCUACAGCUUCCUCACCCAGCCCUACGUUGAGGCAGCCGUGAGGGCCACCUCCCUCAAAGACAUCUGCAACUGCACUGAGACCUUCCUCAGUGGUUCGGAAUCAAACAAAGAUGUCAAUGAACAGUAACCACACAGCCGACAGAGACACUACACUUCCUUCUCAUCAGCCUCCUCAUAUUCAUCAUCAUCAUCACAAUCAUCAUCAUCAGCAGCAGCAACAGCAUCAUCCUCAUAAAUUUGACGAUAUGAAUCACACUCAUAUUCCUCAUCAAAAUCAUUCCUCAAUACAUCGAUCAUAGUCAAAAUCCCAAUCUUUCUUAAAAUCACAAUCAUAAUCACAAUCAUCAGGAAAAUGAAUGAUGACGAUGUGUUUUCUUGUAUGGUCAUGGUGCAUUUCAUCAAAUAAUAUUUUUCCCACAAUACAACCCUCUAUAUUCUUCUUUCACAAAAAUAACAAACAUUAAAAUAGGUCUUUGCAAAGAACCGUAUGGAAAUUAAACAACAAAAUUGGUUAAUAUUGACGUUGCUAGUUUUACUGGGUAAUGGAUGGCAGUUUUGCCGGUGGCUAUUGUUCCUAUUUGUGCCCAGAUCCUCCCUCCUCUGUCUGGGUUCAGCAGCAUUCAGGCCUGUCUUCAGUUCUCUCUUCCAUUAAUGAAGUCUACCAUGUUAAACCUGCUGACAGGAGUCUGUAGAUUGAUGUGUGGAGAGAGACAGGAGCUAGCCUAGAUGUGAGCUAAAGCUACGAGUCAUGGAGGGUCUCUGGGCCUAAACAGAGCAAAACCUCAGUAAAAUAACUAUCCUGUGUCCAAAUAGAACACCAAUGGUCAAGAUUAAUUAUAUAUUUUAAGAGUUAUAAUUUGUAAAUACAAGUAGCUUCAUCUCAAAAUUGUGUUUUCCCAUUCUGUAAUUACAGUUGCUAAAUAUAAAGUGCCAAGUGGUUGGUAAAGAUUGUAUUCAUAUUAAAAUGUAUGUAUUUUAUUUAGUUUAUUUUGAAGCCAUUUAUGUUGCAAAUGAAUAUUGUUGUUGCUUCAACUAGUCUCAGGAAAUUCCUACUUUUGGUACAUCAUCCUAUUUUGCUUUAUCUCCUUAUCAAACAUUCAAUCAAAUAAUUGAAUGUCGAAUAUGCCGACAUUUUAAAGAAGCCUAUGUUUUUUUUUCAUUUUGCAUUCUGUCAUUAAUCCUUAUGGGUUAAGUUGUAUAUCCAUAUUCAAACAGGCCUGCGCGUUUUUAGUUUUUGGAAUCCAUUCUUAAUUGAUUGGUUGUCGCUGCGCUGGUGGGACCGCUAGAGGGCAGCACUGUCGUGUUUACAACGUUUAUUUCAAUGUCGGUUGUCAUUUCUUAUUUUAGAUUUUUUUCUAUCUUUAUUUACGAACACUUAACACUUACGAUUAUCGCAAACCAUCGUACAAUUGACUAGAAUGGCUAUUAUACCACGAGAGGCUGGAAAAGGUUGGUUCAUGAUAAAACGAAUAAAAACGCAUUUGAAUUGGUCAAAAUCGAAUCAUUAGGAUUAAUGAAGACGGAAUAAGUGUACAUUGAGACGCGCUCCAAAGACUUUCUAUAUUAAAAUGGUAAUUUGAUCAUA